AUGGGGAAGUGGAUGGAGUUGGGGGUGAAGAUGAGGCCGACGUCGUUUUUCUUGAUGUUGAGGUUGAGCAAGUGUCGGAGUCGACGAAGCAAGGUUGUUUGGGAAAGAGAUGGAGGAUUAGAAGAGGAAGGAGAUGAGGGAGAGGUUGGGGUCUGUGGGAAAGGGGACAGGAGGUUGGGGGGAGGUGUAUGUUUGGGUUUUGGGGUUGAAGGAUUUUGGCGCCAUGGGUUUUUGGGGGCUGAGAAAUUGCAGGAAUCUGAGUGUCUAUUUCUCGAGAAAGUGUGA